CUUUUCUGAACUGCUUUAUAGAUAUGUUGGCUCAUGUUUGCUCGUUGGAUGCCUGAGCUAUGUAUAAGGAAGAAUUUCCCACUGGGGGGAGAAAGGAUAGCAAGGCAUGAAGGCAGUGCAGCUCUGCGCUCUGUAAUUCAAGCCUUUCCUUCUACUGGGAUACUGCAAUUCACCUCUGCAUUGCCCUGCUGCAACAUCAACUACUCUGCAGCGAGAGAUCGCAAACUUCUUACUUCUCCCCAUCCUGAUCCUGGAGCAACUACGGCUUUAUACAGCCAGCCAAGAGACCAGUGAGUGACCCGUUUCUAUAAUUCUUCACUUUGUCCCAUCUAACCUUGUGACCAACUAACAGUAUGCAAAAAAAAAAAAAUAGAUGUUUUACAUUGCAAUUUUAUUCCCUUACUAGCAAUCUCAGGUUUUAGACAUUGUACUGAGCAGCAGAUGGCAUUAUCUAGCAUAAAUGUAAAUUCUUCCACAUCAGACCUUCAUAGUUUGGGGUGUUUUUUUUCUGUUUGUAGCUGUAAGUCCAAAUAGCUGACGGGCAGAAUUUUUUUUUUUUUUACCCUGACCAAGAAGGCUUGCAAUCUGAAUCGAUGAUGGUAAUGAGCAGUCAGUGCUUAUUAAAUGUAAAUAUACUUUAGUUACAAGUGUGAGACAUGGAGAGUUAAGAAUUAAAUUGGUGUUUAUACAAUUGUAAAAUAUGUAAGAAAAUAUUUAAUUUUUUUUCCUUUUUUUAAAUUUAAUUAAUUUAAUGAAUUGCUUGUUGAGACUGGAUUAGCCCAAAGCCCAAAUGAUCUCUAUAAUAAGGUUAUACCAUUUAAACAAAAUCAUAUUUGUUUGCAUUCGAGUAUUUAAAAAUGAUUAUUACGGUUACGUUUCCACUGAUAUAUAUAAUAUUUAAGGAUGAAAGUCUUAUUAAAGGCAUUAAUAAAGGUCUAUAGAGGUUUCUAGACUGUAUCACUAAUUGCUUCAUUACAGUUUUUUUUCUGUACUCAUUCAUCUACAUCUUGUCCUUGCGUUGUAAUCCUUAUGGGGAUGCUUCAGAUAAACCUAAAUCAAUCCAUUUUAUUAGACUGGAGAAAUAUGUAUUUAUUUUAAUUAUACAGACUAAUUUUACAAUGUAAUGGCCAAACUAACUGGUAGGAAAUUAAAUAUAUUUUUUUUUUGUUUUGUUUUUAAAUAUGUCAUGUAGCCAUAUUUUACUUUGCAAACUGCACUUUAAAAUGAAGAAGAGAAAUUAAUUUUUGUUUUUUGAAAAUAAAUUUUAUUUCAGUUAAUUAUUUGCUGAACUCUUUUUCACAAAACUUUUUCACAAUAGUUAAACUUUUCAUUGACAAAUUCUAAGACAAAAUAACCAUUCAAAACGGGACACUCCAGGCUCCCACACACAUUAGAUGCACUGUGUAGGUUAGGUUACAGUUAGUUAUACUGGGUGGGUUAAUAUUAUUAAAGGGACACUCCAGGCUCCCACACACGUUAGAUGCACUGUGUAGGUUAGGUUACAGUUAGUUAUACUGGGUGGGUUUAUAUUAUUAAGGGACACUCCAGGCUCCCACACACGUUAGAUGCACUGUGUAGGUUAGGUUACAGUUAGUUAUACUGGGUGGGUUUAUAUUAUUAAGGGGACACUCCAGGCUCCCACACGUUAGAUGCACUGUGUAGGUUAGGUUACAGUUAGUUAUACUGGGUGGGUUUAUAUUAUUAAAGGGACACUCCAGGCUCCCACACACAGUAGGUGCACUGUGUAGGUUAGGUUACAGUUAGUUUUACUGGGUGGGUUUAUAUUAUUAAAGGGACACUCCAGGCUCCCACACACGUUAAGUGCACUGUGUAGGUUAGGUUACAGUUAGUUAUACUGGGUGGGUUUAUAUUAUUAAAGGGACACUCCAGGCUCCCACACACGUUAGAUGCACUGUGUAGGUUAGGUUACAGUUAGUUAUACUGGGUGGGUUUAUAUUAUUAAAGGGACACUCCAGGCUCCCACACACGUUAGAUGCACUGUGUGGGUUAGGUUACAGUUAGUUAUACUGGGUGGGUUUAUAUUAUUAAAGGGACACUCCAGGCUCCCACAUACGUUAGAUGCACUGUGUAGGUUAGGUUACAGUUAGUUAUACUGGGUGGGUUUAUAUUAUUAAAGGGACACUCCAGGCUCCCACACACGUUAGAUGCACUGUGUAGGUUAGGUUACAGUUAGUUAUACUGGGUGGGUUUAUAUUAUUAAAGGGACACUCUAGGCUCCCACACACGUUAGGUGCACUGUGUAGGUUAGGUUACAGUUAGUUAUACUGGGUGGGUUUAUAUUAUUAAAGGGACACUCCAGGCUCCCACACACGUUAGAUGCACUGUGUAGGUUAGGUUACAGUUAGUUAUACUGGGUGGGUUUAUAUUGUUAAAGGGACACUCCAGGCUCCCACACACGUUAGAUGCACUGUGUAGGUUAGGUUACAGUUAGUUAUACUGGGUGGGUUUAUAUUAUUAAAGGGACACUCCAGCCUCCCACACACGUUAGAUGCACUGUGUAGGUUGGGUUACAGUUAGUUAUACUGGGUGGGUUUAUAUUAUUAAAGGGACACUCCAGGCUCCCACACACGUUAGAUACACUGUAUAGUUUAGGUUACAGUUAUACUGGGUGGGUUUAUAUUAUUAAAGGGACACUCCAGGCUCCCACACACGUUAGAUGCACUGUGUAGGUUAGGUUACAGUUAUACUGGGUGGGUUUCUAUUAUUAAAGGGACACUCCAGCCUCCCACACACGUUAGAUGCACUGUGUAGGUUAGGUUACAGUUAGUUAUACUGGGUGGGUUUCUAUUAUUAAAGGGACACUCCAGCCUCCCACACACGUUAGAUGCACUGCGUAGGUUAGGUUACAGUUAGUUAUACUGGGUGGGUUUAUAUUAUUAAAGGGGACACAUGGUUUCUACACAGACGCUUGCUCAGAGUGAAGAUUUUGCUAAUGCAUUUUUGACGAUGGCUGGAAUUGCCUGCUUAGUAAACACAUUUCUCCAUCACAAUGAAUUCUUUAUCAUUCAUGAAACCAAUCUGUUUUCAGACUGUUGAAAUGCAAUAAUGUCCUUGGCAUUAAUACAUUAUCUGUCUGUCAUUAUGGUUGCUAUGGUUGUAUCUGCUUUUCCAUUUCAGCGUUUAUACAGCUUGUGAGUUGGGAAAAGGUAACACUGAUUGGUUUUGUGCAUCAAUCUGGCCUUGUUACCACAAAUGUUUUUUAUUUAGAUUAGAUUUUAUACACGACCUAUGUAACCUCACGGGCAAGGUCAACUCCAAGCUCCAAGCAUUCACGUGGUUUAUUUUCAUAUAACCAUGAAAUUUAGUAAGCACUUGUAACAUGUUCUACUAUAUAUCAAACACGGUCAGAUUAAUUCCUUUUAGUUAAUAAAAAAUGUUUUCUUGGACCGGCUCUUUAAGGAUGUAGCACAGGGAAAAUAUAGUCCAAGUUUACUGGACUUGCCACGGAUGUUCCCUGUUACAUACUUACAGCUAUAAAUGCUAUUCAGUAACUAUUUUGAAUGCAUCAUGCUAUUUCUCUUAUUAUGAUAUAUAGGCUGCCCAAUGGAAUAAUGUAGGCCAGUUUUUAAAAAUUGUUGGGUAUGUUUACUUUAAUGACUGACCUAUAAAUCCACAAUGUUACACAUACUCUUUCUGAAGGUUGUUUGACUUGAAUUUCCUAACGUAAAGGAAGUAUCCUCAGUUGUAUAUCAUCACCAUUGCUAAACCACUGCUCAAUUCUCUGCUAUUUAGAAGUUGACGGGACACUGUGGCUCAUUGAGGUGGUCUGAGUGUAAUGUCCCAUGUCCCUUAACCCUACAAUGGUAAUUAUUGCAGUUUCUGAGAAACUGCAAUAAUUACCUCUGAGGGUUAACUCCUCCUCUAGUGGCUGUCUACAAGAUGUUAAUCCACCCCAGCAUUCCCAAAAGUAAGGAGGCUGGGGGGAUUGAAUAAAAAAAAAAAAAGUGAAUGUGUUAAUGUGUGUGUAUGUGUUAAUGUGUGUGUGUGUCUGUUAGUGAGUGUGUGUGUCUGCUAGUGACUGUGUGUGUCUGUUAGCUAGUGUGUGUGUGUCUGUCCGUGAGUGUGUAUGUAUAUUUAGAAGGCGGGGGGGGGGGGAUACCUGAGUUUUGUCAUGCCUAGGGCAGCACAAAACUAGGGUACACCACUGGGCAUGUACAUUGGCUUAGUGCAGGGGUAGGCAACCUUCAGCUCUACAUAUUAUGUGGACUACAUCUCCCAUGAUGCUCUUACAGCCAUAAUUCUGGCAAAGCAUCAGGGGAGAUGUAGUCCACAACAUUUAGAUUGCCGAAUGUUGCCUACCUCUGGUUUAGAGAGUCAACUGAGCAAUUUCAGCUUCUGUUAGUUCAAGGAAGACAACCGACGGACCUUAGAUAGGUUGUCAGAUCCUUCUCAAAUAGUAUGACAGCUUACAUAGGGAGGGCACAAGAAGCACUUCUGGCACCAUAACUGCUUGGAGUUUAAUCUCCGCUGGAGAUGUUAUCAGUAGCAUUCGUAGAAAUAUAGAUAAAAGAUUGAAACGAUACAGCAUUUCUCACCAUUAUCUCUCCCUUCUUUUAAGAGUUUUAUAUGUAAAGUGUAAACUCUAUCUACAGACUUUUUUUGCAUUGCAUUCAGCUUUGAACACUUGGCAGAUACACAGAUUAUCGAGAUUCUCACACAGAUGCUGAUAUUUGUAAGCCCAUUCAUAGGUACAAACUGCUUGCCAUACAGAUCAUUUAAGCAUGACUAUGUCAAAUGAAAGGUCUUUCACUUUUUCCAAGUGGAGUUGGUGAUCUCUCCCAAGUGGAGAAAGUUUUUUUUGUUUUGCUGUGCACCCUACACUAUAUCUCCAUACUUUCCAGGCUAAGGUUGGUAGGAUAGGGUGGUUGAAAGUGAGUCUGGCAGGCUGGUGUGCCAGUCAUGCAAAUGCUAUCCGUGACGAUGUGUCUGCCCAUGGCCGUGUCAGUCUGGCAUGGGUGAGUUCUAGGAUGAUCAGUUGCGUUGCAGAGAACUGAAUCAAAGCUAUCCACAUGCUGAAUAUUAAAUGCAAUUAUAGUGUGUUUAAACAUACGCUCUUACUGCCCUUUGGCCAAGUUGUCCGGACACUGUGUGACAGAGGCAAUCUAUUGGACAAUUGUGAUAACUGCUUGUGUCUUGUCUGCCACACAAUAAAACCAUGUAACAAGUGCUUAACCUCCCUGGCAGUAAUCCUGAGCGUGGCUAGGGGUUAAUUUUCAGUACCAGAAGUGAUAACCCCUAGCCACGCUCGGGAUUACACUGUAGUGUCACUUACCUUGUCCCUACGAGCCCCUGGUGUAAAAAAUACACACAAUACAUUGUAAAAACAAUGUCCCACUUUAACAUUAAAAAAUACUGAUCUAAUCAGACCAUCAAGGAGGUUAAUAUGCUGUUCAAAGAAAUGUAAAUGGGAUUAUUCUAGUCUUUUCUCAAUUUUUUAUUUAAAGAGACACUAUAUUCACCAGAACAAUCAGAAUUGACAAUCUCAGCCAAUCCAAUCUGGCGGACCCACGCAACGCUGGAAUAAAGGUGUGUUAAAUAAAUUUUUAAAGGGAAAAAAGAUUGGGGCAGCCACCUAAAUAGUUAGCUUAACACCAUACUGUCAGGAAUACACAUUUGAUGUGCUUUCAUAAAGAAGUGAGUUUUCAAUGAUUUUGUGAAGGAAUGAAGACUGGGUGAGCGUCUAACGGAAAAGGGAAGGGAGUUCCACAGGAACGGUGCUCUGGAGAAGUCUUAAAGGUGAGCAUCAUAGGUGGGAGUAUGGACAGAAAAUCAACACAGGUCUUCAGCAAAACAUCAGGGCCUAGACAGGACAUACUUGUGUAUUAGGAAGGGGAGGUAGGUAGGUUGGAGCGUAUUAUAUAAAAUUUGUAUGUAAGUACCAGAAUUUUAAAUUGAGCCCUAUAUCUUACGGGAAGCCAAUGUAGGUACUGACAAUGGAGGGAGGCAUGGGAGGUGUGGGCCAACAGGAGGUUGAGCCUCGCCACCUAAUUUAUUAUAGACUGUAAUGGGGCAAGCUGGGAACACGUAAGACCACUAAGAAACAGAUUGCAGUAAUCAAGGCGAGAGAGGAUAGGGGCAUGGGCCAGCCCCUAAGCCGCGUUCUGCGUUAAAUAGGUGUGGAGACACACUAUGUUUUGAGAUGGAAGCAGUAGGAUUUGGUGAUCAACUGGACAUGAGGGGUGAAGGAGACCCUUGAGUUGAAGAGAACACAUAGGCAGUGAGCCUGCUAAGUAGAGCUGAUGGUAGUGCCAUUGACUUGGAGGGAGACAGAAACUGGAGGAAACGUGGGAUACUUGAGGAAGGAAAGACAAGAAGUUCUGUUUUGGACAGGUUAGGUUUAAGAAAGUGAGCAUCCAUCCAGUUAGACAUAGCAGAUAGACAGUCUGAGACAUGAAUCAAGAGGGACGUCGAGAGAUCAGUAGAGGAUAGAUUUGCAUGUCAUCUGUAUAGAAAUUGGAGUGGAAGCCAAAAAAAACUGAUAAGUUUACCCAUAUCACAUGUGCAAAUAAUGCUCAGAUUAAAAAGGGAGGGAUGCUAGGGUUGCCAUAUUUUGUUAUAUUUAGAGCGUUAAUGUUGAUAUCUUGCUGUUGGUUCUUCCAUGGAGUUAAUAUAAACUACCUUUCUGAGCAAAUUAUAUAAUGAGAGAGCUUGGGGGAAAAUUUUUUUGCAAUGCAAUUGGGGGCUGCAGUACAAAUCCUAUGUGUUAAUUUUUUCAUGCUCAAAGAGUUUUGGGACCCUAUAGCUGAAUGUGUGGCCUUAUAGCUCAGGAUCUUUUUGACCUUCAUCUGCUCUGCUCUGCAUGCCCGCUUCCAGACUCCUCGCUGAGUCCCGGAGUCAGCCAGCAGCAGAAACAAUGAUAGAGAUGCACAGGAAACAUGAUAGAAUGUGACAUUACCUCUGGGUCUCUAUUGCUGCACUUCUUUCCAUCAACCAACCUCCAAGGUACAGAGCAAUUUUUAUUAUUAUUUUUUUUUUUAUUGUGUAUGUGUAUGCCUAUAUGUACAUGUCAGUGCCUAUCUGUCUGUGUAUGUAUGUGUUGGUGCACGUCUAUGUGUAUCUAUGUGUGUCUGUAGGUAACUGUGAUUGUGCCAAGAGACAACAUGCUAAGCAGUGGAAUUAGGGAGGAGCACAGGUGGGGGUUUAGGAAGGGGUCACUAAAUUAUUUUUGGGCUCAAGCCUCAGGUGUUUUUUGACCCUAGCAACACCCCAGAUAGAGAUUGCUCCCCCUUUUAUUAUGUCUGUAUCUAUAAAUGAUAAAGUUGCUGUAGGAGACUCCAUUCCAAGUUUAUAAAAAUGGGCUAGAUUUAUUCAGCCCGGUUAAAAAUGUAAUUGUGACUAAAUUCAACAUGAUGAAAGAAUAAUUUCUGAAUAGGUUUUGGGUCCUUAAACAGAUGUUACUAAACCUUCAUAUAGUCCUAAAAAUAUUGAUAUUUGUUUAUGUGGGUGAAACGGUUUACCUUUAUUAAUGGCUGUGACACAGGAACCACUUUGAAGUGAUAAUUCUCUAAUACAAUACAGUGUGUUGUGACUUUUAUAUCUCUUGAGAAAGGUGCGAUUUGCGCCGAAACGCGCGUCGAGUUGAGAGCACUCCAGAGCACUAUUCACUGAUGUGCACUUAGUUUGUUUCACAGUGUGGCUAGGUUGUUUGGCUGUUUCAGCUUUAGGAAAGGGCUCCUUAGUGGGUACUGGGAGCUGCCUCGAAGCAGUUCAAGGGAGUUAUUAGUUUAUCUAGCAUUAAGAUUGACUCAUAAUCUAUCUAAUUUUAUUAGCAGUCAUAGGCAGAAUACAUAUUGACAUUUUGUUCAUAUAACUUAGCGCUGCCGUAUCGUUACUCCUUUUUCUAAGUAACCAUCUAAUUAUGCCAUUAUGGCUCAAGCAGUUUAUUUAGUGUGUAUAUCUGUUAUAUAACUGCAUCUAUACCUACUUCCUGCCUACUACCACAUGAGUAAAUUGAUUACUUAAUUUCAACCUCUCCUAAGCAAGAGCUCUUAAAUAAUACUUUGUAAUAAUCUAUCUGAUAUAUUGCGGCAACGUUGCCUAGACACAGAAUGUCCAUUUUUAUGACACUCCUCUUCUGUGAUCUAAAUGUAUUAACUAGUUCUUUACUGACCUUAUAUCUAACUGUGGUUAAUCCCCCUUUUUUCUGUUGAAGAAUAUCUGUUGUUACAAUAUUUUGUACCACUAGCCACUAUAAGUUUGUUCACGUUUGUAGAUACGUUUUUUCCUUUUUUAAUCUUAAUUAAUAAAGUUCUAUGUUUUUAUCCUAAUGAAGUGGCUUUUACCCAUUUAUAGUAAUCUCGUAGUGAAACUCCCACUCUGCUUGGUUUCUCUAACAAUUUUUUGCAUCUAUAUUGAUCAGUAAGAGUUACCCCCUGUUUGAGAUUACUUCAGUAACCAUAUGUGAGACUCCUACAUAUGAUUCAUAUGCAGUAGUCACUCUUUUAUUUAUUCAUUUUUUUGUGUGACAGAUUUAUAUUAACAUUUACGUACUUGCAAAACUUACUGAAAUCACAUAUGUUUUUGUAUUCAACACAAAGAGGAAAAAGUUUCCUGGCACUCACUGGGGAUAGGGGCAUAAAAAAUGGCUUCCUUUAGUCUGCCAAAACCUGUAUGUACAACCUAAAACAUAUUUAAUCUUGUCCAGGGUGUAGAAUUUUUACUUAAACAUUUAAAAGUUACAAAAGUGUUAUUUUGCAAAGUGCCAAUUUAGAUUUCAUUUAUGGUUCCCCUUCAGAACUAUUUCAAUGUGUUCUUGUGCAACGACAAAGGCGUCCCUGAGAGGAAAUUUCUCUCUAUUAGCAAUGAAUAGAAUCUUUCCCCAGCUCGGAGCUGAACAUUUUUCAUUGCUGUACAGCCCAAGGAAGGAGUAUAGCUCGCAUUCAAUGCAGUCUAUAAAUUUCAGUCUGUUUUCCCUAUUUCGUGGUCGGGAUGCGGCUGGUCGAUGAAUCACUUUGCUGACUACACAUGGCAUGUUUGAAUUGGAGUUUAAACUGUUAUUAGGGGUACGGGAAAAUUGCUAGAAUCUGCAAAUGGUUUAGAUGUGAUGAGGGAACCAAGAAUAGAAACGCAAUAUUGAAAAGGCCUGACCGCCAUUUAAUGUCUGGAGAUCUAAUGUUCCACUUGACUUCACCGCCAUUUAUUUCACUUUCCUAGAGAAAGGUUGUAGAUGUCUUCUGGCUGGCAGAAAUGGCAAGGUGUCUCAUCUUCUUUAUAAAAAUAAAUGUAAUUCCAUGGUCCGGUAUAAUAUUAGGAAAUAAAGGCAACAUGAGGUUACAAGAGUUUUUAUUAAAUGGACACUGCUUACACUCCUUGCAUAGAAGCUCAGUAAAAGCUUAAAUGGAUUCUAUAGGCACCAAAACCACUUUAGCUUAAUGAUGCCCCUGUAGUCUCACUGCUUAAUUCUCUGUAAUUUAGGAGUUAAAACAAUGUUUUUAAACAACUCUAGUUACACCUCCCUGCCUGUUACUUACACAGCCUUCCUAAACACUUCCCGAAAAUGAACCUAGACAUUCCAUGUUCCUUUAUUGCCAGUUCUGUUUAAGCUAGUAUUUCUUGUCUCCUGUUCUGUCAAUAGCCUCCUAGAUCCUGCAGGAGAGUCCCGUGUCUGGUUAAAGGUUAACUUACAGAGCAGGGGGAUAAAAACUUCUAAAGCAAGUUAACAUCUGAUUGAAAAUUAAACUUAUUUUUUACAUGCAGACUGGUCAUUGCUGCCGCCCAGGAGUAGUGGGAGUUUGAGCACAGGACUUAGUUUUGUGUGUCUGCAAUUGUAUAUACCUGAGGUCUUUCAAAGCAUUGGAUACAUUUACAUAUAUAUAUAUAUAUAUAUAUAUAUAUAUUUUUUUUUUUUUUUUUAAAUUGUGCUGAUUCUGCACUACUGUUUCCAAUUAAUCCUGUCCCAGAUAACUCGUUCGUGAAUAUUACUCACACCAGCAGUUUUGGUUUUUCCUUGUAAUUGUGGUCAGUUUUUUUUUUUUUUCGUUUUUUUUUCCUUGGCAUAACCCUUUAGGAAAUGAGUCUGAAUCAGUUGCCAAAAACUAACGCAAUAAUCUACUCUGUGCCAGAGACAAAAGGCAGGAUCAAAUAUUUAUUUUCAUUAUCCGCACCCACAGAGUUAUUCACUAAAUGUGAAUUGCUGGAAAUUCAAAGUCAAUUUAAAUUUCAGGCCAAAGUGACAGAAAUUAAAACAUUACUGACCAGGAGAAUUUAUCCAGAUUAGCUGUUUAAGCCUAAAAUGUGAAAAUCAUUGCUUUAAAGGAACACUGUAUGGUCAGAAACAGAAUCGUGUAUUCCCGACCCUAUAGUGGUAAAAACACUAUUUAGCUUACUGGCCCUCCUUACCCACCGUUAAACAUAGUAAUAACUUACCUUAUUUCCAGCGCUGGUGUUGGCUCUGCCCCCGAACCGCCUCCUUGGCUGACAUCACAAUUGACUAUAUCGGGCCAAUCACAUAGGAAAGCAUUGGCUUGGCUGAGAUGGUCAAUUCUGAUUAUCUCAGACAAGGAGGCGGGGGCGGACCCAAAGACUGCUCUGACCAAUCAGCAACUCAUAGAGAUGCACUGAAACAAUAUAUCUCUAUGGAGAAAGUUCAGUGUCUCCAUGCAGAAGGUGGAGACACUGAAUACCAGUCACACUGUGCAGCAUUCUCCCAGGAAGCAUCUCUAGUAGCCAUCUGAGGAUUGGCCACUUGAGGUAUCCCUAGGCUGUAAUGUAAACACUGUCUGUGACGGAGCUCCUGUACUCUAACGGAGUACCUCCGCCCAGUUCGCUUCCUAGUCGCUUGUCCGGAUCCUGGAGCACUUCAACCCUAGUCACUGAGGCUUGACUGAAGUUUUUCUGGUGCCUUUCCACCCAACCAGGCUGCAGCUCUCCUUCCAUUUAGUUGGUAACAAGGAUCAGCGGGACAAGAGAGCACACAAAAUAAUAAAAAAUAUACAAACACCCUGCACCUAUAAUGGUCACAGGGUGACAAAAACAUAAGAGCAAUUUAGGAACCUUUGUAAAAUGUCCUGCUCCCAGUGAUGGUGAUUACCGUUCACAGCAAAAAGCCUGCAGGGACAGGGUACGGGGACAAUAAGUUGUAGUUGUUCUGGUGACUAUAUUGUCCCUUUAAUUACUGACAUGGUUAUACACUAAACUCUGAAUUGUAGAAUUAAAAAUUUUGGCAAACAUCUGAUUUAAAGAAAUUCUUCAACUACACAAUAGCCGCAGCAUGGCUACUAUGUGUCUUAAUUUAUGUAAAGUUGCUAGAAUUCAGAAUUUAGCAACUAAUUCUAUAAACUUUGAAAUACAAAUCACAAAUAAUUAGGCUAAAUUAGCUUAUUUGAAAAAUAAUUCUCCAACUUGUCUAUAGUUGAGAUUGAUUUCUUAACUCUAAGGUUAGUCAUAAAAGCUGAAAUGUAUUCAAGAAACCUAAAAUUUGCAAUAAUAUUAACAUAUAGUCACAAGUCAGAGACUGCAGAUUUUGAAACCUUUUCUAACCCUGCUAUUUUUCCAUACCUGACCUCAAAUAAGCUGAGAUUCACUUGUCAAUUCUGCACAAUUCGCAGUUCAGUAAAUUAACCCCAGAACUUGCUUUGGAGUUUUAGGGCUACAGUAUAUGUUGUUGCUUGGACUUUGUUGCUGUUUUAUUACAUCAGUAGAUGAAUUGCAAAUCAUUUUACUGUGUUACUAGAUUAAACACAAUUUCUAUUAUUCAUGCAUACAUUAUUCUCAUUGUGCUCCCUCUCACAUCUCAUAAAUAAGUGAUUCUGACUCCUGAUGCUUGGCUGCUGCCAACCACGUUUGCCAAAAGAUACCUACCUUCAAGAGUGCCAGUUCCAAGACUGUAUCCUGGCAUCAAGCCAUCGUCUUGCAGUGAUUUCUGAUCACACCCUUGCCUCUUUAAUUUAAUCGUUUUCUCACAAACCAAGCUUCCCUCAAUGCAGAUGUCUUCACACAGGCACCAAAUUAACAAAUUCUGUUCAAGAUUGGCAUCCCUGUUGAUGGUUGAGAGAGGGCACCACAUCAAUUCUGGUGGCUGAUAGCGAGCCGAGCACUGCUUUUGUGGGUGAGAGAGGACACUCUGGUCGGUUGGUGAAACAAGAAAUCUCUGUUCUCGUUUGUUAGACUAAAGACUUGGUGGUGGUGUAGGGAAAUCCACCCUUGCUGGUUGUGGAGAGAGGGCAUCCCUUAUGGUGGCUGAAAGAGGACGCUCUUGUAGGUGGUUGAGUGUGACACCUGUGUUGAGAGAGAACCGCUCUUGGUGGUCGCAUUGGAUUCCAGUGUUGGUGGUUAAGAGGGACUUGUGUUUGUGGUUGAGAAAGGACAACUUUGUAGAUAGGUGAGAGAGAAUAUCUCUGCUGGUAGAUGUAAACGCCAACCAUCCAUAAGUGUAAAAUGCAUGUAACAAAAAUGUUAAAAAAAAAUCCCAGAAUAUUCUACAGUGGACAUGAUACUAGACCCAUUUUGGUGGUUCAGGAAGAGCAUCCAUGGUGGUGGAGAGACGGCAUUCCUUGUGGUGUUCGAGAGGACAUCCAUGUUGAUGGACAUACAAUGGCAUGUGAAUAGGUAGUUAUGAGAUUAACACACCUCUACUCAAGCACCAAGGAUGCUAUGAAGCUAAAUUUGCCAUUGCUUGUUUUAAUUUACAUGAAAAUAAAUUUCCUCUUCAUCUCUACGCAAUCUUCACAGUGGGGUCUGCAGUUCUGUACUGAUAUUUCCCUGGCAGUAAAUUUCAGAGCCGAGAUAUUCUGCCUUACGUUCAGGAUCCCUAUAAAGUAUCUCCAGAUGUUCCAAGAAGAAGUAGUUAGACAAAGUAAGAGAAAAACCCUUUUCCUUUGCGGGAUAUGUACAACCGUCUAAGCAUUUUCAACUGUAUGGCAGCUUUGUAUUUGCUUAGCAAAUCAAGAUAUAAGUUGUUUCAUUAAUUAAAAACAGUAAUGACGCUACUUGCACAAUAAUCCUAAAUCUACCACCACUUAACCCAUUCAGUACCAUAUAUAUACAAGCCUGUGGGAAGUUGUCAACUGUCUACUUAUACAAAUGACCUGGUACCAUUGACAAUAUUAUGUUCUUGUUUAAAUAUAAUAUAUUCUGUAUAUUAGAAUUGAUUUUUUUUCACUAAUUUACCAAUAAAAAAUAAAACUAACUAUUCCUUUAAAGAAAAGCUCAUUUCUAAUCGGUCCUUUCAAACCUCUGCAUCACUCAUACAAUGUAAAAUGAUUUCAAAAAAAUGAAUUAAAAUAUUGCAGACGUGCUAAUAUCCACUGACUUAAAUGAUUUAAAGGCUGUUUUUAUUAGAGGAGUUGGCAAUCUUUGGCAGCCGUUGGUCAUUUUGAUAGGAUUUAUUAUGGAUUCAAAAGCGUCACAGUCAUACCACUUUGGUAGAUAUGGAAUUCCACCCACUUUUGGCAGUACACAAAAAGGAAACCACUUGAUGGAUUGUUAAGAACACAAAUUAUGCCUCAUCAGGACUUCAAAGCAAGUUCUAAUACUGCCACGUUGCUUUGGAAAGAAAUAGUCUCCCUCUCUGAACAAAAAGACUGUUUCAAAUCCCCUCUUUUUUUGUACUGAUGGGGUAGUGUUUGGUGAGUCUUUGACUUGCAGUCCUUAGUACUUGAUUCCAAAUAUAUACGUUGUGGGUUGUUACGGUUGGAAUCAUACUGAAGUAAAAUUUUAAUGGAGGCUACUGACAUCGGACUCUAGACCCAUAAUGUCCACCAUGAUUUGAGCUUGAAUCCAUUUUGUGAUUUGUUCCCUGGUAAGGUCUAGAUGGACAGCUAAACAGUUUGCUGGUGUGGAUCUUUGCUGAGUAUGUGGUAUGCAGACAAUCACAGCCCAGGAAGUGUAGUAUAACCUCCAUAAUGUCUGUCCAGUGCUUGACUGUUUCUAGGUCUUACCAAGGGCUGUGCCUAAUAACUGUGUUUCUGUUGUUUCUAAUCAUUCUAAUCUAGUGAAUGUAAUAAGAACUUUGCCAUGGUCACAUUUCCACUCCACAUUCCAUUAGAAUAUAAUUCAAGCACCAUCACCACUACAACUACAUGUAGUAGUUAUGGUGCAGGAGUGCCUUGGCACCUCCAUUGUAAAUAAACAGUUUUUGAAUCAUUUCACUUCUUACCUGUGAUCCACUGGGCGCCACACGGCAGGGCUUAGCUCAAACACAGAACGUCCGUCUUUCCAUUGGCUGUGGAGGCGGGGAGCAGAUGGCUCCAUCCAUCUUUGACCCAUACAUGGGUAUGGAAAAUGUUGUUCUAGUCCGGAGUCUACACCACCCCAUGGGAUCUGGGCCAGGUCUAUGUUCAAACUGUAUUCCUUGAUGUGUGAGUUGUGCUUGAAUUACAGGUGCACACGCCUAAUGUUUAUGAUGAAAGAUUUUGGCCACUCCAUGUGUGAAAUGGUGGCCAUUCUAUUCUUCAUAUGUGCACAAUUUUUUUGCAUGAGUUUAACAGCAGAAAGUCUGUGCAUUGUGUCAGACAGGUAUUUUUGUAGUUCCACGGAAUGGAGCUUCAUGAUGCUGCGUUAACAUCUCAAGCAGGAUGACAUGAUCUCACAGAUGUGAGUAAACUCUUUCCUUAAAGGGUAUUUGUAAUUCCAGGUACAACUUACAGAGCAUUGUCACAGGUUUGUGGUGAAUGGGCUCAGUAUGCAGAGAUUUUAAAUGGAUACAGUCACGGAGUUCAAGGUUUUAAUUAUAAGGCAAAGUAAAUCUAAUUGAAAAGUCCCAAUGCAAAACAGAAGUGGUAAAUAAGACAGAAUCUUGACUGGCAGAUCAAGAAUUAAAAAGUUAUUUACCAAAGCAUCGGUGCUGGCUAAAUGAUGCAAAGGCUUAAUCAAAGCUAGAGAAGGUUUGGCAGGGGUUAACCAGAGCUGGAACAUGAGUGCAGGGGUUAACUAGGAUUGGAACAGGCUUAAGGAGCUUGUGACCUUGGCUUCUGUGCUUAAACAGAAAAGAGAGAGGGGACACCCACCUACAAGGGCCCAUAUAAUCAGAGGGCCUCUCCAAUGCAGGCAAGUGUCCAUGCCACCUAUGUGGGCAAGAUGCUCUGUCCUUUUAAGCAUCCAAGUGGCUGCCUCCCCAGCACUAUUCCCGAAUAUACCCCCCCAGGGUUCUGACACCCUGAGGAGAAAAAUACAGCAUUAAUUUAAGCCAAUAUCAAGUGCACUUAAAUUGUAUUGGUGCCCGUAUUGUCCCUUUAAGUAUUGCAUUUUCGAUGUAAGAGAAAAAAUGAAAUAAAAUGCAGUUUAUUUAAUUGUUGUCUAUCCUGCUAAACCUUGCAUACAUAAUGCCAAAGCAGUUAUUGGAAUUUAGAACUGCUCACUUAAUACUUGAAAACCAUACAGCUAAAACAAUUUUUAUUAUGUCUACUCACUUAAGCUUUAAUAAUCCAUUUAAUCAAAUCCCAAAUUCUAAAUUAAAAAAUAUAGUUCCGAUGCACUUUUUUAUUUUCCUUCAUUUCCUAAAAUUCUUUCAAGAGGGAAAAAAAGAGAGCUUUUUUUUUUCGUUUCUUAACUCAAUCUGUUUAUCAAUGGCCUGAGAUAAACAAAAAAAGAAUUGGCUACAAAUUUUUACAGCCUUGGUUUGAAAGGUACAAAAGCAAACUCUUAUAAGGACGAGUCUUUCUCCAAUUAAUUCUCUCCAAGAAUGUGUCUUUGUUAUAACCAGUAUUUGAGGCCCAACCCGGGAUAUAAAUGUAGAUUAAAAGCCAGUUCACAGAGAACGUAGUAUGUAAGGACUCUGCAUCGUGAACGGAAUCUUAAAGGACUAGCCUCGUCUUCUUUUGUUUCUUCCUAGAUCAGCAGGCUAUUGACAACCUCCAUUUUCAUUGUAGAGCAGCCAAACGUCUCUGUCCUAAAUCCAUUCACCCCACGGGUUGGGACUGUGGGAAUAUGAGCGUGAAAACUAGAUUUCAAAGAGAACUUCAGAUACCUUUUGGGUUUCAUGCGGCUUGCAUUGAAUAUAGGAAAUAGAGCUGUGAAUGCUUACAGAUGUAUGCAGGCCGACCCACUCACGUUCAGCUGAAACCCAGCAAAUGUAGGCAACUAGGCUGACUUUCAAAAGAGAAUGCAAGAACAAUGGUCCUGUUCAAAGACAAGCAGUUGUAAUAUCAGGUGGUCCAAUAUGUGAAUAAUAAUAAUUCCUCUUUCAGAUAAUUCCUCUUGUUUUUCUUGAAGUGGUUGGUUGUAUUUCAAAGAAUGUAAUAAGUCAAUCACUGACCAAGAACCAGAUUUUGAACAUUGGGUAGAUGCAGUAUUGUAUGUUGUAACAGAUAUCCCUUUACCCCAGCUGAGUACCUCCGCCAAGGACCGCUUCCUAGCUGGAACAGGGGACAAGCCGCAGCACUUCUGCCCACAGUCGCCGUGGCUUGACUGGGGCCCUGGAACCGCUCCUUCCUGGAGCCAAAUGGGGAAUUAGCUCUAGUCCUUUCAAGGACUUUCCCAGUUGAAUCCCCUGCAAGCUGGAACAGCAGACACAGGAGUAAAUCUUCUUUCCCUCCAAUAACAGGACGACACACCGUCUUGUAGUGUAAGCUGGAAUAGCAGUUUAAUGGAGGCACACUGCCUUUUAUGCAAGUUUUCCAACAAGGUUGACGCCCAGGUGGACCACGUUGGGCACAGGACACAAAGUAUACAAGCCAAUCAAAACAAUGUAAUUAUGAACGGCACUCCCACAUACAGUACACAAUCCUUCCCCUUUGCCUGUGAUACAAUUAAGGUAGAUAAUACAAUAACGUAAUUAUCCCCAGACAGAAAAAACAUACAUUAUUACAAAGUCCCAUAAGUACCCUGUUACGGUUGCCUCCAGGCUGGCUGGAAGUUGGACCGUAGAAAUGCUCCUAGCGCUCACCAAAGGACCAUCAGCACCGUAGACGCUAUAAGCACUGCAGACUCCACAAACCGCCACUGCUGGGCUGGGAUCUCGCCGUCUGCUAUCCACCCUGGACCUACGACCAGGCUCCAGUACGUGAACCUCUUCCUUCUGUAGAGCGAAGCAGGAUCAGGAACAAGAGCUCUUACAAGAGCUCAGUAGCUAAGGGAGUAUGAAGAGCAUAGCAAUCCCUGUAGUGAUUAUAGCUGUCCCCUACAAACAUGAGUCGAGGCUGCAAGUUAGAGGGUCAAGUAGUUCUUUAAUUGGCACCGAAGGGCCUUCUUUUAUGGAGGUCUUACACAUACAGGACCGUCCACAGGGUUUUGCAGAACAACCAAUAAACACGUAACAUACAGUAAAAACACACCCAUCAAUAACACACAAAUCCUACACUUUUUAUACACAUACAGUGUAACUUUAAAAAUAUACGUCCAAUCUUCAUAAAUUACAUAUUUACAGAAUCAGCAUACUUUAAAUAUAAACAUAACCAAAAAUCACACACAUCCCUCCAGUGGAUAAAAUGUUAGAUGGAAGUCCUUUAUGACCGACCGCAAGCACAUUUUCAUGCCCAAAACUGUUCCAUAGAUUUGGGCUGUGCGUUUGGUCUAUUUCAGGCAGAAAGAUGUACCAUUCGAAUGCACGAACGAGGCCGUUCGUGCAUUUGGCUCAGUAUAACAGUGAGUUCAAACUGCCGAACGUGACUUAGUCUCUGGGGCUUCAAACAUAGUGUAGGAAAAGGUAAGGGUCAGCGUUCGGUUGAAAAAAGAUGCAUGAACUGCGGCCCCCCAGCGGUCAGCAAUUUACCUUCAGCAGGCUCCCAGCCUGGGAGGUAAAUUGCCUGCACGCUUCCACUUCUGGGUGGUCCGCCUGUGUGGUACUUGGUUCAGUAAGCCCCAUUUACUGAACCAAGUGUAAAGAAGCCAUGAAUAAAGUAUUUUAACCAAAUCUGGGGACACGGGGGACACAGGCUUAAAGGGGCAGUGUCCCAAACAAGUCUGGGGACACAGUCUUAAAGGAGCAUUGUCCCAAUUUUCCCUAUGUCCCAAAAAUGUGCUUAAAGGGCCAGCACCAGUCCCAUAACAGUCCAUAAGCCCCAAAAUGCUCACAAACUGUUCUUAAAGGGCCAUACACACCAGGGCCAUAGUCAUGAGGAAGGAGGCUGGCAGUAAGGGAAGCAGGGCAAUAUGUCACUUAAAGAGACAGUUACAAAAGGCAUUUUUUAACAUACCCCAAAAUACAACAUAUCCCCAUAAAAUCACAUCCCCUGAUCGCCUUGAUCUGCGUGCACAACAUAUCCAAACAUCACCCAGAUCAGAGCAGGGGCUCAAAAAUUCCAUGAAAGUCCUACAUUUGACCGACCGCACGCAUGGCUCCAUGCCCACAACCGUUCCAUGAAAUCAGUGCUAACAGUUGGUCAACUCCGGUAGUCUUUUACAGGUUUCCCUGCAGGGUCCAUAGUCUGUGGGCAGGAGGCUGGCAGGCAGGCUUCUCCAGGAGCUCGUGGCAAACUUGGGUAAAAAAGGGAGUUUGCCACAUAUGUCUUCUUUUCAAAAUUGUUGACUUAACAAUUCCAAACAUAGCAUCACAUUGCGAAUGAUUUUUAAUGAGAAUUACAUUCUUUUUCCAACAGAUGAACAUGAAGCUGGGCCUGCAGUUAUUACUCAUCGACCUCUUGGUUCAUACAGCGUGUGGUUUUAUCUUCGGCACAGAAAGAAAUUUAGGUACAGUAUACUGUCCACUUGGCUUUUCUUGAUCUAGCUAAUCUUGUCCUAUAUCACUAAAUUAUUUAUAAAGGUUUCAGUUUAAACAAAGAAGAGCUAAUUUGUCACCAAUACAGUAAUCGACCCUGUACACAAAUAAUGUCAAUGGUCUUUUUUUGCUUCAUAUUCUGCAUUAUCUCAUACAGAAGAUCAUAAAACCUUGAAAGUGAAGAUAAGAAAUUCCACCACUUCUCCUGUGUUGGCUGGUACUCUCAACUUACCGUGCCACAUCACCUAUAAGACUCCACUAGAAUCAACAAAUGUUGGUCGCCAGGCUGUCUUGGCCUCCCCUCGAGUGAAAUGGAGCUUCAUCUCUAAUGGAAAGGAAGUAGAGAUCUUGGUGGCUCGGGGACACAAAGUAAAAAUCAGUGAGGGGUACAGAUUUCGUGCCAGUCUGUCGCACUAUUCCAAGUCAGCAGAUGACCUUACUCUGGUCCUGAAUGAGCUGAGGACCAAUGACUCUGGAAUUUAUCGAUGCCAUGUGCAGUACGGCAUUGAAGAUGACCACGACAAGGUAGAGGUGAAAGUUAAAGGUAAUGGACAAUAAGAAGCAGCAAAAACAUUUAGAGGUGGAGUCAUCUUAAUAUAUAGUAGGUUCUUACCUACUAUUUUUGCGUUUAUUAUUUAUUUUUAACAUGUCAGGUGGAAAAAAUUAGAUGAUAGCAUUGAUGUAAUCCAUGUUAUAAUUAUGGCUCCGCAGAUGUAAUCAUAUAUAAGUCGGCCUAAUUACUGCACAUUAACCCUAACCCGCAUUAAUUUUUUUUAUUCACCAUUUACAUGUAAUGACUCUCAAUCAUAGGUAUAUAGUGUGUGUGUGCCAGCCUUAGGCACUACAACUCAUUUGUGCUUCAGCCAUCCAACAAGCUGUCUAUCCCUACUGAUAUUUAUGCAUGUAACGUACUAUAUAUUAAAACCCAUGUUCUAACAUCCUCUGCCCGCCUCAUUUCCCAGGGGUCGUGUUCCUGUAUCGGGAGGGUGUCAACCGCUAUGCAUACAAUUUCUUUAAGGCACAGGAAGCCUGUGCCAAGAUUAAGGCCCACAUAGCCACGGCAGAUCAGCUCCUGGCCGCCUAUUACAGUGGAUACGAGCAGUGUGAUGCUGGCUGGAUCGCUGACCAAACUGUCAGGUGGGAUACCUUUUUGGGUUCUGCUGAAAAUGCUAUGUUUUAUCUCUAAAAUCCAACACAAUGUAGACUAUAUAAUGUUCUGUGCUUUCCAGGUACCCAAUUCAAACACCAAGAGAGGGCUGCUUUGGGGAUAUGGAUGGUUACCCUGGAGUGAGGAAUUAUGGCAUCCUGGACCCAGAUGACAUGUAUGAUGUUUACUGUUAUGUGGAAGAACUCAAUGGUAAUCUCAUUACUGUAAAUACAGAUGUAGCUUUUUUAUGUUUUAUGAAUGAAAAUCACUUAAUCUCAAUAUAGCUACAGAGGUGGUGCAUUCUUGUCUCCGUCCUGCAUGCUUCUCCUCACUGGCUUCUCUGCUCAGUCUGUCUCUGUCUUGUCUGUCUUGGUCUCAGUUACUGCUCUGUUCUGUCUGUCUUGACACAGUUACUUCUCUGCUGUCUGUCUCUGUCUUGACACAGUUACUUCUCUGCUCUGUCUGUCUCUGUCUUGACACAGUCACUUCUCUGCUCUGUCUGUCUCUGUCUUGACACAGUCACUUCUCUGCUCUGUCUGUCUCUGUCUUGACACAGUUACUUCUCUGCUCUGUCUGUCUCUGUCUUGACACAGUCACUUCUCUGCUCUGUCUGUCUCUGUCUUGACACAGUUACUUCUCUGCUCUGUCUGUCUCUGUCUUGACACAGUCACUUCUCUGCUCUGUCUGUCUCUGCCUUGACACAGUCACUUCUCUGUAUUGUCUAUCUCUGUCUUGGCACAGUUACUUCUCUGUAUUGUCUGUCUCUGUCUUGGCACAGUUACGUUUCUGCUCUAUCUGUCUCUUUCUUGACACAGUUAAUUCUCUGUAUUGUCUGUCCUGGCACAGUUACUUCUCUGCUCUAUCUGUAUCUGUCUUGGCACAGUUACUUCUCUGCUCUAUCUGUAUCUGUCUUGUCUGUCUUGGCACAAAUACUGAUCUCUUCUGUCUUUGUCUGUCUCUGUCUUGGCACAGUUAUUUCUCUGCUCUGUCUGUCUCUGCUCUGUCUGUCUUGACACAGUUACUUCUCUGCUCUGUCUGUCUCUGUCUUGACACAGUUACUUGUCUGUCUCUGUCUGUCUCUCUGUCUUGGCACAGUUAUUUCUCUGCUCUGUCUGUCUCUGUCUUGACACAGUUACUUCUCUGCUCUGUCUGUCUCAGUCUUGACACAAUUACUGCUCUGCUCUGUCUGUCUUGACACAGUUACUUCUCUGCUCUGUCUGUCUCUGUCUUGACACAGUCACUUCUCUGCUCUGUCUGUCUCUGUCUUGACACAGUCACUUCUCUGCGCUGUCUGUCUCUGUCUUGACACAGUCACUUCUUUGCUCUGUCUGUCUCUGUCUUGACACAGUCACUUCUCUGCUCUGUCUGUCUCUGUCUUGACACAGUCACUUCUCUGCUCUGUCUGUCUCUGUCUUGACACAGUCACUUCUCUGCUCUGUCUAUCUCUGUCUUGGUACAGUUACUUCUCUGUAUUGUCUGUCUCUUUCUUGGCACAGUUACGUUUCUGCUCUAUCUGUCUCUGUCUUGACACAGUUAAUUCUCUGUAUUGUCUGUCCUGGCACAGUUACUUCUCUGCUCUACCUGUAUCUGUCUUGUCUGUCUUGGCACAAAUACUGAUCUGCUCUGUCUUUGUCUGUCUCUGUCUUGGCACAGUUAUUUCUCUGCUCUGUCUGUCUCUGCUCUGUCUGUCUUGACACAGUCACUUCUCUGCUCUGUCUGUCUCUGUCUUGACACAGUUACUUCUCUGCUCUGUCUGUCUCUGUCUUGUCACAGUCACUUCUCUGUAUUGUCUGUCUCUGUCUUGGCACAGUUACGUUUCUGCUCUAUCUGUCUCUUUCUUGACACAGUUAAUUCUCUGUAUUGUCUUUCCUGGCACAGUUACUUCUCUGCUCUAUCUGUAUCUGUCUUGGCACAGUUACUUCUCUGCUCUAUCUGUAUCUGUCUUGUCUGUCUUGGCACACAUACUGAUCUGCUCUGUCUUUGUCUCUGUCUUGGCACAGUUAUUUCUCUGCUCUGUCUGUCUCUACUCUGUCUGUCUUGACACAGUUACUUCUCUGCUCUGUCUGUCUCUGUCUUGACACAGUUACUUCUCUGCUCUGUCUGUCUCGACAAAGUUACUUCUCUGCUCUGUCUGUCUCUGUCUUGACACAGUUACUUAUCUGCUCUGUCUUUAUCUGUCUUGGCACGGUUCUUUCUCUGCUCUGUCUGGAUCUGUUUUGGCACAGUUACUUCUCUGUUCUGUCUGUCUCUGUCUUGUCUGUCUUUGCACAGUUACUUUUCUGUUCUGUCUGUCUCUGUCUUGUAUGUCUUGGCACAGUUAAUUAUCUGCUCUGUCUGUCUGUCUCUGUCUUGGCACAAAUACUGCUCUGCUCUGUCUUUGUCUGUCUCUGUCUUGGCACAGUUAUUUCUCUGCUCUGUCUGUCUCUGUCUUGUCUGUCUUAGCACAGUUACUGCUCUGCUCUGUCUGUCUCUGUCUUGUCACAGUUACCUAUAUGCUAUUUAUCUGUCUCAGUCCUGUGUGCCUCUUCUCAGUGACCUCUAAGUGCUUUCCUUAUCGUGUCUGUCUCUCCAGGUGACAACUCUUCUCUUACUGUCUCUAUCAUGUAUGUCUCAAUACGGUCACCUCUAUGUCUCUGUCCCGUCUGCCUGUGAUUGGCUCCUUCUCUGCUCUCAGUCUCUGUCUUCGCAACCUCUGAUACUGAAUUCUCUGUUCUCCUUCUUUCUACAUGCACUUAAUUUUUCUACACAGUGAUGUCUCUGCCCCCUGUACUCUUUCUGCUUUUCUUCAGUGUCGUCUCUGCUCCUCCUGUCUGUCCUAUUUCCUCUCCUCUAUUGCCUCCCUGUUCUUCCUCUGGGCUGUUCCUUUGUGACUCUACUCGAUGGCCCCACUCAUCUGUCACACCUUUCUUUCUAUCUUCUUCCUGCUAUCAGCAUCAGUCAUGCACCCAUCACUCAUGCCACGGCUUCCUUGUUGAUGAGGAAACUGUCCAACAUGUUCUAAGCUAUCUCCAACUCCAAGUCACAAACAAGACUGUAAAUGGAACAAAAUCAUUAGUCAUUCUCAGUCUUUGUUCACUUUCUCUAAUGUCAUUACAGAACAAAGAUAUCAGAAGGAUGCAUGGGGAUUUAUGAUGCUGGAUUAAAAGUAAUAAUAAACAUUUAUUAGUUGAUUAAAUAGUUAGAUAUUCCAUUUAAUGAUGUUUUGUUAUAUAUACACUGUUAAUGAGAUGUGAAAUAUCAUCUAGUCAUAACCAUGUAUCAUUGAAGACCCCAAACUAUGUCUACCUACCCUUUCCCAACAGCUUAGUAUUUCUUAUGAGAAUGUCAGCUCUGUAUAUCAUUGCUGUGAUCAAACUUACUGUUAAUUAUUGUGGUAACUUCUGUUUUUUCCCCCUUCGCCUUAGGAGAGGUGUUUUUAGGUUCUACACUCAACAAAUUUACCCUAGAGGAGGCCAAAGAUUACUGCAGGACGCUGGGUGCACAAAUAGCAACAACAGGACAGCUGUACUCAGCAUGGAGUGAGGGAGUGGACUUCUGCAGCCCUGGGUGGCUUUCUGAUGGCAGUGUGCGUUACCCCAUUGUGACACCAAGAGAAAGAUGUGGGGGGAAUUUACCCGGGGUAAAAACAAUUUUUCAGUUCCGCAAUCAAACUGGUUUUCCAGACUCCAGUUCCAAAUAUGACGUAUACUGCUUCAGAGGUAAAGACUUCUAA